CGCCACGUGCCAGUGGGUAGAAUUCCACGUCGACACAGGCUGAAGCGCUCUCCCACCGCACACGACACACCCUCUGACUGAGCCUCGACUAUCCAAGAGGAUACACACUACUUAUUCAUUACACUCAUUUCACCACAACUGCAUUAACGCUCGUCGUAACCAUGGGAUCAGCACAGAGCACACUCACCCCAGAAGCCAUUGCCGCAGGGACGGUUGUGCUGGGUGGUGCGGUCGCGGCGGUGGGAUAUACUGCGUUCUCUUCGUCCGCGGCACCCAAACCCACCGCCUCUGACGAGUCGGAAAUGGUUGUUGAGGGCAAGAAGAGCAAGUCGAAGAAAAAGCGCAACACGGAGCCCGUCCUAAUCGAAUCGCCCAGUGCACCAGCUCUCGCGACUGCAGCUGUCUCUACCCUUGAACCGUCGUCUAAGACCAAGCCGAAAUCCAAGGCGAAGGCGAAGAAGCAACAGACUGGUAUGGACACACCCACUGCUCCGGCCCCACCGUUGGCUCUGUCCCCCUCGUCCUUGCUCCCAGGCGCUUUCGACACGACAUCCGUCGCGGAUGAGGUGGAGGAGGAGACUGAGAGAGUCAAAGCUCACUCUCGGAAGAAGGGGAAAGGGAAGAAAUCGACUUCGGCAGCCACUGGGUCAACUGCGUCAGCCAUAUCCUCUCUGCCUCCUCCACCAGCCUCUGAACCCUCCCCCUCUGCCGCCAAAUCAAAGAAGAAGGUGCCGAAGAAAGCUGUUACCUUGUCGGCGGCGGGAGACACGACAGAUGAUGGGUGGACACGCGUGGGAGGCACCGAUACGGCUACAAGCAGUGUCGCGGAGGACAGCAGUUUAACUGGGCUCGAUGGAGAAGAUGAUGAAGAAGAAGCCGAGGAGAUUCCGCUUCCUGGCAUGCGCCCAAAGCCCAAGAAGCCGCUCGCUGAGCGGCUGCUUCCCAAACCGCGCAAGACUGCUGUGGAUGACAUGCUCCCGUCGAACCCCGGUCUUGCGCGCGUCAUGAGAGUGGUUCCAGCGCUUACCCCGGACGCCGACUCAACGGAGGAUGACGCUGAAGUCGAUGAAGAUGGCAACGAGAAUGCCGCCGCCAUCGCUGCAGCGACUGCCGAUCUAGAAGCCUCCGCGAGUGGUCUGGACUCGCGUGAAGACGAAGAAGGCGAAUGGGGAUUCGUCCCCGUCAAGUCCCGCUCCAGCAAGCCAGCCGCUACCUCCUCCAGCUCGUUCUCUGGGACCAAAUCGAGCAGCAGCUUUUCCGCCGGGGCUGCAGGUGCUGGUUCUCAGUCGAAGAAGAACGCAAAACGCGGCGCAGCGCAGAAAGCUGCUAAAGCCACUGCGGAGGACGACAGGCUGCGAGCUCUGGCUGCUCAUCGGCGAGGUCUUGAGCAGGAGCGGAUGAAAGAGCUGUAUGGCAAAGGCACGAAUGGAAAUAAGAGCAAGCUGAGUGGGGGUAUGGCAGCAAGUGUGGAUUCUGGGGGGCGCUUAGUAUGGGAUUGAGACCCACCUACAGGAUAUGAAGCUGCAGACAAGUAUCUUACAACCUCUAUUAAUCCGUAUCGAUCAGUUUACCGGACUGGGCCCCAUGGACACCGG